AUGAACUUCGAUUUAACACUAUUCAGCAUAGUCGUCUUACUCGCGAUAUCAACCGCCAAUGCGACCAGAUCGCCUUCGUUGAAAACCAUCGACCAAGCAGUCAAAGAAUGUGGAACACUUUGGAAUGUCUCUCCGGAUUACUUUGAAGAUUUUGUCCGCACAGGAACUGGGAAUUCGACCCAGCUGAAAGAGCUGGUCAGGUGUGCAAGCAUAUGGUGUCGAUGGUGUAACGUUUCGGCACAUGAUGUGGUCUACGAAGUGCUGCAGAACUACUUCAAUCCCAGUCCAGAUGACCCGUGUUUCCUCAAUCGUACGGAGAGAUGUAUGAAAGCUUCGCUGAAGGACUUGCCGUACACUGAGGUGUUGGAACGGGCUUUCGUCAGUUUCCUGUGCUACUACCAGCAGUAUGGGAACUUGAAUCGCUCUGUCCAAUUUAUCCCUUAUAUGCUGCCUCAAGAACAGCAGGUAGCACUCGAUACGUUAGUCAUUCAUAGCGUGCCACUGGAAACGCUGAGAAACUUCAACGAUGGCGUUUUCAAGGAAGGAACCUUUGAGUUUCUACUGAGAACAUUGCUGGUGAGACUUAACUUGUACAGCGAUCGCGCGGGUCCAGACGUGAAGCGAUUAUACAAUCAGGAUGGAAACGAAAGCUAUCUUACACCAGAAACUGCGGCUUGCAUUGCAGAAGCUAGGAAAAACUGCCCUAGCGAUAGGUGUAAAUUAGUGUCAAAUACGCUCAAGAACUGUUUACCCCAAGUGUAUGAUGAUGCGGUGAGCCUGAUAAAGGAUGCAGCCAGGAUGAUAUUGCAACGAAGUUAA